UCGGACUAUAAAACGUACGACUGUUCUUCGAAAUAGAUCACAAAUCAAUCAGCUUCAGCAAGCACAAUACAAUAUUUUUAUCUUUCGUUCGCAUUUUGCAGACCAACCAAAACCAACCACAAUGAAAUCUUACGUAGCUGCCGUUCUAUUGCUGGCUCUUGCCGUUUGCGCUUUCGCCGAAGAAGCCAAACCGCAACAAGCUUCCCCUGCCGCCAAGACAACCGACAAGCGCAGCAUCUACGGACUGGGCUACGGCUACCCCGCGUACCACGCACCACUCACCUACCCAGCUGCCCCGUUGGCCCUGCCCACGACCUUCGUAUCGCCACUGAAAUAUCAUGCACCACUGUCCUACCCCCUGUCCUACCACGCUCCCCUCUCCUACCAUGCUCCACUCUCCUACCACGCUCCCCUCUCCUACCACGCACCCCUCCCCUACCACGCUCCCAUCUCUUAUGCGUCUCCUCUGUCCUACCACCAUGCACCAAUCUACAAGGCCCCAUACUAUGCCCCGUCUAUCUACUAAUAAAUUAUUGAUGCACUCGUCAACCGACCCGCUGCUGCAGUAAUAAGAAAAUAUCAUAUAUAAUCUGAACUAUAAUUGCUACACAUCGUCGGCGAUCGUAGUCUUCAUAGUCUUAGUAAAUCAUUGUUAAUAAUCAUAUUAUUUUAUUUUAUUUGUAUGUAAAUAUGUGUGUACAUCAUCGUGAAAUAUUAUAUUAUGUA